ACCUCUAAAAGUUAAUUCGUGUAUUUAACUUGGUUCCUUCAUUUUGAUUCCCAAGAUAUGGAUUUAUUUAGCUAUGCUUAUGCCGCCCUGGUUACAGUUGGUGGUGUUAUUGGUUAUGUAAAAGCAGGUAGCACAGUCUCUUUAGGUAUGGGACUCCUUUUCGGCUCUCUUUCGGCAUUUGGGGCCUAUAAAGUGUCAGCAAACCCUAAAGAUGCUCUUUUUCUAUUGUGCGUUAGCGGUACCCUCGGAGCAGUGAUGGGAUAUAGAUCAUUAAAUUCUGGAAAGUUUAUGCCAGCGGGACUUGUUGCUAGUUUGAGUGCUAUAACAUUCCUAAGAAUGGGAUAUAAUUUAUAUCUAUCCUAA